AGGUUAAAAAUCACAUCGUGUGGCAAGCAAAGUAAAUGCUUUUCUUCUCCAGCUAUUGAGAGUGCCUGGCAGUAUAAAAGGCUGGGCGCAGGUGUCCCUCCCUCAUCCGCCUUCCAAGAUGAGUUACGGUUCAGACCAUUACCUCUCCUCCUCCUACAGGAAGAUUUUCGGGGACCCACCUCGGUCUACCCGCAUCGGUGGCAGCACUGGUUCCUCUAGGACCCCCCUAUCUGGAGGGUACAGGUCCCAGUCCGUGUCCCGCAGCAAUGUCUCCUCAGUGUCCUCCUACAGGAGGUCUUCUAGACCUGGUGGCUAUCUUUCUGGAGAAAACGUAGACCUGGCCCAAACUUCAGUCCAAAACAACGAAUAUAAGAUCAUCCGUACCAAUGAAAAGGAGCAGAUGCAAGGGCUCAAUGACCGCUUUGCCAUGUUCAUCGAGAAGGUCCAUAACCUGGAGCAGCAGAAUAAGGUGUUGGAGACUGAGCUGAUCGCCUUGAGGCAAAGGCAGUCCGAGCCUUCCAGGCUGGGGGAGCUCUACCAGCAGGAGAUCAAAGAUCUCAGGUCCCUGGUGGAAGAUCUGAACGCUGAGAAAUCCCAGCUCAUCAUUGACAGGGACAGCUUGGAGGAUGAUCUGCAGAAGCUGAAGGGCAAGUAUGAAGAUGAGAUCCGGAUGAGGGAAGAAACUGAGUACGCUUUGAAGACCCAUAAGAAAGAUGUGGAUGAUGCCACCCUGGCUAGACUUGACCUGGAGAAGAAGGUGGAAUCUCUGUUGGAUGAGAUCUCUUUUAUGAGGAAGAUCCAUGAGGAAGAAAUCACCGAGCUGAUGGCCAUGUUACAAGCCUCCCAGGUCUCAGUGGAGAUGGAGGUGUCUAAGCCCGACCUCACCUCUGCUCUGAAGGAGAUUCGCUCCCAAUAUGAGUCUUUGGCAGCCAAGAACCUGCAGUCUGCUGAUGAGUGGUACAAGUCUAAAUACGCCAACCUAAGCGAGCAGGCAUCUCGCAGCUCCGAGGUGAUCCGAGCCAGCAGAGAGGAGCUCAAUGAAUACAGGAGGCAGCUCCAGUCCAAAACUAUCGAGAACGAAAGUCUGCGAGGUACCAACGAAUCCCUGGAAAGGCAGAUCCAAGAGAUGGAGGAAAGGCAAAUAGCAGAAACCAAUGGACUGCAGGACACCAUCAAUCAGUUGGAGAAUGAUCUGAGGAGUAUAAAAGGAGAGAUGUCGCGUCAUCUGAGAGAGUAUCAAGAUCUGCUUAAUGUCAAGAUGGCCCUGGACAUUGAGAUUGCUGCCUACAGGAAACUGCUGGAAGGUGAAGAGACCAGGUUCAGCACCACAGGAAUAAGCAUCAUGCCUUCAAAUCCUCUUCAGAGCUAUUCUUAUCAGCCUCGCAUGCAUAGUUCCUCCUCUUCUAGGGGUACAUCGGCAGCAUCCAAGAAAGAUGAAGCUGAUACUGCCACCAAAACCAUCUCGAAAUCAUCCGCUCACAAAGGGGAGUCCUAUGAGGAAAUCAUUGAAGAAACUGUUGUGUCAACCAAAAUAAUAGAAAAGCCAGACCAGAAUGUGGGAAUUAAUGGUAAACCUUAAACUAAGAAAACUAGUACUUUACAAAUUAGUUAGCAGUUAGGAUUUCUACUUUGCAAUUUGUCCAUUCACUCUUAGAAUGAUAGCUUUCAUGUUAGUUUCUCACAUAGUCAUUCCAUUUUUGCAGUCAUGCUGAAUAUCACUCGACCUUCUAGUUCCACAACAGUUGGGUCACAGGUUACCUAGGCCAAUUACAGAAAGUCAUGGAUGCCAGAUGGGAUUAUGGCACAUUAAAGGGAUUGUCCCCUUUGUGUGGUGGAAUUUUGCUACCGUA